GUUCUAUCAUUUUUAUUAGCCGGCUACCGGGUAAUUAGUAAUAUUCACAUGCAAAAAAUGGCGGUUAUUUGUAUAUUUAUUUAAACAUUUUUUUUAGUAAUAACUAUGUACAUAUGUUGCAUUUAAUAAAAUAAUGACAAGUUCAGCUACAAAUACGGCAGCGACAGCGACAACAAAACAAUAUGGAAUAACUUCACCUAUAAAUUUGUCAGGUCCUAAAGAAAUUGAUGAAGAACUCACAAAAUCUCUGGAAGAAACAUUGAAAGAUUAUGGGGUCUUUGAGACACAAGAGCAAAUCCAACACAGGAUGGUUGUUUUGGAAAAACUGAACAAACUAGCUUUAGAAUGGAUUGUUAAAACGUCAAUCGCCAAGAAUAUGCCAGAGUCUGUUGCAAAUUCUGUUGGAGGCAAAAUUUUUACAUUUGGAUCAUUUCGUCUUGGAGUUCACACCAAAGGUGCUGAUAUUGGUACUUUGCUUGUUGCACCAAGGCAUAUUGAACGAGCAGAUUUCUUUGGUUCAUUUUAUGAAUUUUUAAAAAACAGAGAAGAAACAAAGGAUUUGCGGGCUGUAGAAAAAGCAUUUGUUCCAGUCAUUAAAAUGAACUUUGAUGGUAUUGAGAUUGACUUGUUAUUUGCACGACUUGCUCUUACUACGAUUCCAGAAGAUUUGGAUUUAUUAGAUGAAAAUCUUCUCAAAAAUUUAGAUGCUCGUUGUAUUCGCAGUUUAAAUGGUUGCAGAGUCACUGAUGAAAUUCUUCAUUUAGUUCCUAAUAUUGCCAAUUUCAGAAUGACACUGAGAGCUAUUAAACUUUGGGCUAAAAAUCAAUUUGUUUAUUCAAAUGUUCUUGGAUUUCUUGGUGGUGUGUCUUGGGCCAUGCUUGUAGCUCGAAUAUGUCAGCUUUAUCCAAAUGCUAUUGCUGCAACUCUUGUGCAAAAGUUUUUUCUGAUUUAUUCAAAAUGGGCAUGGCCUCAACCAGUCCUUCUUAAACAAAUGCCAACUGAAAACAAACUUAAUUUUCCUAUUUGGGAUCCAAGAAUGAAUCCAGCUGAUCGAUUUCACCUUAUGCCAAUUAUUACUCCAGCAUAUCCACAACAAAAUUCUACAUUUAAUGUGUCAAUGUCUAGUCGUACUGUAAUGCAAGAUGCAUUUAAGCGAGGUUUUCAAGUAAUGGAAGAGAUUUAUUCUAAAACCUCAACGUGGAAAGCUUUAUUUGCACCAGCUAAUUUUUUCCAAAAAUAUAAACAUUACAUUGUUUUGAGUGCUUAUUCCAACAGCAGUGAGCAUCAUCUAGAAUGGGAAGGUUUGGUUGAAUCAAAAAUUCGUAUACUUAUUGUUAAUCUUGAAAGAAAUCAAUUUGUAAAACUUGCUCAUGUGAAUCCUAAAUCGUAUGAUCCUAUUCUUAAAUCAGAAAGUGGCACUGUAUCUCGUUGGUUUAUUGGUCUAGAAUUUCAAAAACCAGAAGGCACUAAAAAUGUAAAAGUGGAUAUCACAGCUGAAAUACAAUACUUUACCAGCACUGUACAUAAACAAGCUUGUCAAAUUGCAAUAUUUCGAGAAGGAAUGCGAACAGAGGCAAGAAAAAAAAAAGCAAUUAAGUAAUUAUCUUCCAAACACAGUAUUAAGAUU